AUGGAUAUGGCUGAUACAAGUAUCCCCAUGGAGUAUGAUCCAAGGAAAUAUGAGGAUCCCAAGAUCUCUACGUUGGAAACUGCUCUCAAAGAAGGAUUGCUUGCCUUGAAUAAGCUACAACAGGCUUUUGAAGGGUCAGAUGUCCGGAACGCCGACAUCGACUGGAAACCACAAAUCGAAAGAACGCUUUCGAUUUCGCAGACUGAAAAGGUGAUUAUUGGAUUAAACGGAAGCACCGGCGCCGGUAAGUCUUCGCUUAUCAACGCCAUUGUCGAUGAAGAGAACAUCGUCGCGACAAAUUGCAUGCGCGCUUCCACAGCGGUAGCAACGGAAUUGUUAUACAAUGAUGGGGAAUCACGGUAUAAGGCGCAAAUUGAAUUCAUUGAACUCAGAGAUUGGGAGCAAGAAUUGCGUAUUCUGUUUGAAGAUCUUCUCGACAGUCACGAGGACGUGAUCCGAGGGGACCUGCAGAAAAACUCCGAUGCUGCGGUAGCUCUUGAUAAAAUCAAAGCCGUAUAUCCACUACUGGAAGUGAAAGACAUCCUGAACACUUCAGUUGAAGCGCUUAUGGAGCAUUCAAAUGUCUCAGAUCUGCUUGGGAGUGUCCAUGUCUUCGAACAAAACGACCCCAAGGUUUUUUCACGGAUGGUCAAGUCCUACAUAGACAGCAGGGGGAGAAGGGGCAGGUCUGAGAAGGGCCCGGAGAAAGGCCGGGAUAUGAAGUACUGGCCGCUAAUUCGCGUGGUCCGAAUUUUUCUUAAGGCCCCGGCGCUGAUUACAGGCGCUGUCUUGGUCGAUUUGCCUGGCCUUCACGAUACAAAUGCUGCACGUGUGGAAGUAGCAAAGGAGUACUCGAAGCGUUGCUCUGCCCAUUGGAUUAUCACUCCAAUCAAUCGCGCCGUUGACGACAAAGUUGCACGCGAUCUCCUAGGGCAGAGUUUCAUAAUGCAAAUGCAAAUGGACUGCAGCUUCAACAACAUUACCUUCGUCUGCACCAAGACAGAUCAUAUUACCGUCAGUGAGGUUCAGGACUCUUUGAAACUCAGACUACCGUCAAUGCAAGAGCGCGAGCAACGAGAUCGAAAACGUGCGCAACUUGGUGCUGAACUGAAACUGCUCCAAGAAGGGAAGGGGCGUGUUAUGGAGGAGUUGAGCUUACUUGAUGAUGAGAUCGAGGAACUUGAGUCUUGUUUGUUCAACGAAGAAAGUUCUUUGAACCUGUCUCAACUAACCCCCAUAAAAAGAAAAAGACAUAGUGAUCUUGAAAUGGACGUCACCGCCAAUCCUAACGCAGAAGUCCCAAGCACGCCCAUUCUGCAUGUCUCCGCCACAGAUACGCAGCCCUCGGCAGAUUCUGAAAUUGAUGAGCUACUAAGGAAGUUUCGGUCUCUCAAAUCUGAGCGGAAGGUAUUGGAUACCCAACGACGAGAAAUCUACCAGCAGAUCCAAAUCAACAAAGCAGCAUUGAAGCGAGUACAGGCAGAAUCUGAUAAUAUGAGGGCGGAUACUCUUAGUGAGUGCAUCGAGGCCAGGAAUGAGUAUUCAAAACAUGAGAUUAAAAGAGAUUAUGCAAAUGGCAUUCGUGAUCUGGACGAGGAGGAUCAGGAUACAUUGGCCCCCAGUGACAGGUCUAAGCUGGCCCGAAACUACAAGAAAAUAGAAGAUGAACUCCCUGUGUUCACUGCAUCCGCUAGAGCUUACCAGAAACUUCGUGGUAGGCUCCGGAAGGAAAGCGCUGUAGCCGGGUUCACACAGCUAGAGCAGACUGAAAUUCCUCAGUUACAGCGUCAUUGCAUUAGCUUAACAGAAAGGGCAAGAGAGGCUUCUGCGAUGCGAUUUUUGACCCAGCUCAAGCAAUUGUUCCAAUCGAUAUCUCUUUGGUCACUGGAAACUGGCCAGGCGCAUAUCAUGUCCGCCGAGGAGAUCCAAGAAUUAGAAGCCGAGUUCAACUCCACUAUGGUAGAAUUGAAAGAGACAAUGGUGGCCGAAGUUGAGAAGCAUAUCGAUUCCCUUCGGCAUGAAUUCGAAAAAACCAUCAUAAGAAGAUUCGGUACAUUCUUUUUCAGUAAUGCACCUGACAGGCAUUAA